AUGAGAACAGCAGUUUUCUAUUUGUCGGAACAUCCAAUUUUUGACGAUGUUCUAACUCCAGACCUUUACACUAUAAAAAUACAAUUCUUCGGUCAACUUUUGAAAAAAUAUGCUCAAAAUUUUUUCGAAUAUUCCGACAGUAACGAUGAAAAGGACGUAACAUGGUUGAUUGCACCAACUAUCCAAGCAACUGGACUUGGUCAAUUGUUUCCUUGUUGGAGUGAGGCACAUUUAAAAGCCACGUUCAAAAUGUCUAUGAACCAUCAUCGCAAUUAUACUGUUUUAUUCAACAUGCCGGUACAAGCCAAUGACAGUACUGAUAAAAAUUAUUGGUGGACACACUUCCAUGUUACUCCUCCAAUGUCCAAUUUGCAAAUUGCUAUAGUUUUGACCACUUUCUCUCACAUUCGUAUUAACGAAAACAUCACAUUGUGGUGUGGAAAAUGUUCAGAUCAACAAUCUGCGAACUUAAAGUUCGUAAAAAGUCUUAUAGAAAAUAUCACGUUGCAUUUGCAAUCUGAAUUUAGUGAAAUAAUUAUUCCAAAAAUGGAUCACAUUGCAAUUCCAAAUUUUCCAUAUGAUGUCACAUCUAAAUGGGGAUUAAUCUUUCACAGAGAAGCAGAUCUUGUUUAUGAUGAACAAGUAGAUACAGUUAUGCGCAAGAUCAAAAUCGCACGUUUAGUAGCGCCUAAAAUAGCAUAUCAAUGGUUCAGUAACGUACUCAGCAUGUCUUGGUGGUCUCAUUUUUGGUUGCACGACGGUCUUGCUACUUUAUUUGGGGAAGAAGCUAUUGUUAAGAUUUUCAAUAAACCUAAAUUAAUGGAUUUUUUUGUAGUACAAAGUCAAUACGAUUCUUUACAUUUAGACUCUCAUGAUAUUAAUAUGAAUCCUGCUAAAAUUAAUAAUCUUUCGGAGAUUGAUGCAAUUUUCAGUUUUCCUCGGAGCAUGAAAGUACUGGUCAUUUUACGGAUGUUCCAAAAUGAAAUUUCCACUGAAGUUUUUCGGAAAAAUGUCCUCACAUAUCUACGGAAGCACACGUUUAGCUCAAACUCAUAUAAAUUCUCGCCGAUACACGAAAUCUUAUAUUCUGAAAUACGUUAUAUACCAAAUGAAUUCCUAACUUGGAUCGAAAACGAGAGAUACCCUGACGUGUCAUGGAUACAUUUCGAAACCUGGAGUUCGUCCGGUACCAAGGGAAAAUUGUUGCAAAUGUACGGUGACAGUUAUGGAAAAUGGUGGAUACCUGUAACUUUAUAUUAUCCAUUGGUAAAUAUUGAUGUCAGGAAAGUAUUUUUAAGCCCAGAAAACCCGAUUGCAUCAGUACGUUCAAACCCAAAGGAUUGGAAGAUAGUCAAUUUUGAGCAAGCUGGAUACUUUCGUGCUAAUUAUGACACUACAACCGUGUAUAGAGUUGAACAACUAUUAAAUAUGGCUAAAGGUCCAAUGUGGAAAAAUAUAAGUGCCAUCAAUCGUGCGAAAAUCAUUGAUGACGCGUUUCAUUUCAAGAUGGAACGUAAGUUCAACGGAUCAUUUUGGGAACUCACGAAACACUUAAUGGAAGAUACAGAUUAUGUGGCGUGGUAUCCGACAAUUAAAAUACUUGAAUAUAUGUCGUGUUUAAUACCAUUUCUAAACAAUCAAGACGUUCAUUUCGAUUACACUCUGAGGAACAUCCGUAGAUUAUUGGGAAAACCAUUUCAUAAGCUAGGGGUUACCGAAUAUCCAAUGGAUGAUGAAUUUACUAAAUACUUAAGACAAGAUAUCAUGAGAUUGUCCUGUUCGUACCGAUUCCAAGAUUGCGUAAUAACAGCUUAUGAUGUAUUAAAACAGCAUCUCGAGGAUCCUAAGAAAAAUCGAAAUUCUAGACUUUUGCCAGGGUGGAAGCACUGGACAUACUGCAAAGGUUUAUUAUGGGGGAAUAAUUUUAUGUGGUUCAAUAUUUUAAUACGAAAAUGGUUUACCAACCCUCCAGAAAAGUACGAACUGUUACCGUAUUUAGCUUGUUCUGGUUUAAGUGUAAAUAGUAGUUUAUUAUUUAUAGAACAGUUCGCACAAGGCAAGAGACAAGAAAUAGAAUCUUACAAUCGGAUUUACAUAAACCUUUUUCAUAUAGUUUGUACUAAACUUGCUAUUGAUUAUGCGAGCCUUGAGUAUAUAUUCGAAAAGCACCUCGAUAAGAAACCUAAAGAAGUCAACGCACUAACAGCACUAGUUGAUAUUAUCAAUCAUAUCUGUGUUAAAACUGAUCUUAUGAAGGUGAGUAAAGACAACAAUAAUAAUUUA